AUGGCGAAAAGAGCUGGGACGUCAAACAAAGAUGAAAUGAACCAAGAAGUGAUCUGUAUUGGGACGGGCAGGGAUGGGGCCGACGAAGAGGAAGAAGAGGAUUACAUGACCAUGGAUCUGUCUGGCGAAGAUGUAACAACUGAGCAGCCACAACACAAGUCAAAACUGCGAAGAAUCGAUAGCGAGCAAGAACAAGCGUCUAAGAUUCUCCCUCGAGGUUUUGCAAUGAUGACCAAAAUGGGUUUUAACAUAGGUGAGGGUCUGGGCCAGAAUGACACGAAUGCACUGAAAGCACCCAUACGUGCCUCUGGAUACGGUGGUCCUAUAAGGGUCAGGAAUUUUCAAUUGUCAGUGCCAGGUGAAGGACAGGCUAGCGAUUUUGACGAGAAAACCUACCAAAAAUGGAUUCAACACCGUGGACAGCGUUCCAGCGAAUUGCGUACCCUGCGAGUAAUGCAGAAGACAGCUUUUGAGCUGAAUGGCGACGUAGAAUGCUUCUCAACCAACACCGAUUCGCGAGACGUGAAUUGUCUCUGGAGGCGAUACGUGAUGGACUUGCAACAAAAAAUGAGACCAAAGGAAACGAACACUGAAGAGCAGGAAGGAAGGCAACGAUCUCGGGCGCCUGCUGUGGCUACUGGCAGGGAAAAAUGCCUCCUUUCGAGUGAGAAAGAAAAUCAAGAGAAGUGCCCAUUGGAAAAUGCCUCUACCAUCGACAGCGACGACUUGGAGAGCGAUGCAGACAAGGAACUGCAACUAUUUGAGGACCAGACACUUUCACAGCAGAUUUCAAGAGUACACACGCACAUGAGAACCGAGUUCUUCUACUGCUUCUACUGCGGAGUUCAAUUUUCAACGGAAGAAGAACUGCACCAGCAGUGCCCGGGACCCACACCGGAAGAUCACUGCUAG